AUGGAUCCCGAAGGUAACCGGGAGGGGGCAGCUGAAAAGUUUCUGGAAUGGAAACGUGUGGAAAUGCCUAAAUUAACUAAAAAGGUGGACUCCGGGUAUUUAAGACAUAUACGUCUAUUGAAGCAAGACUAUAGGCCCACUCAGGUUGGGGCAGAUGAGUUUUCAGCUGAUGAACUAGUCCAAAUGUUAUGCCGACCAAUUUCCCCUCUAAAUACCCCAGAGAGGGUUGUUAAAUUCAAGGACCCCAAACCAGUUUACGAGGAUAUAAGUUCCGAGGAGUUGGACUAUGAGGAAGAGGCAGCUUCAAAGAAAUCUGUUGGUUUGUUCUCCACCUCUUCCUCUUCUUCCAGUAGUUCUUCCAGUGACUCCUCCUCUACUGACACCACCAGCAGUUCCUCUUCCGCGAGCACAGUAAUUUCUCGCAAAAAGAGAAAGAGAACAUGGAAAAGAUCGCGUCUCUCUGAAACAAGUGAUAGCGACACUGAUGAUGAGUUUAGUGUACCUGAAAGUGUAGAAAUUCGUAACGACAGUGAAAAACGAAAGAAGACUGAAAAGAGUGAAGAAAGUGACAAACCAAAAUCAGAAACUAGUAAAAUUAGUAACAAGGCAAGUGAAGAAACUAGUAAAGACAGUGAAAAAAGAAAGAAGACUGAAAAGAGUGAAGAAAGUGACAAACCAAAAUCAGAAACUAGUAAAAUUAGUAACAAGGCAAGUGAAGAAACUAGUAAAGAUAGUGAAAAACGAAAAAAGACUGUAAAGGGUGAAGACAAUAAUAAAUCAAAGGCAGAAAAGAGUAAUGUUAAUAAGGAAAGUGUAAAAGUUAGUGAAAAACAAAAGAUGACUGAAAAGGGUGAAGAAAAUAAGAAAUCAGAAACAGAGAAGAGAAUUGUAAAGUAA